AGAGCUGCCCCUAGUUGCGGAAGUGCCUCGCCUGGCUUGCUCAAGUCCUCUCUUCUCUUUCUCUCUCCGGAAACCUGGCUGUAGCUGGCCAAGGAGUUCUCGAUUAAAGAGGAAGGGGCAGUGCUCACAUUUCUGGGCAGGCGUCUGGAAAAUAUGAGGGGCCACCCCUCUCUGCUGCUGCUAUACAUGGCAUUAACCACCUGCCUGGAUACUUCACCCAGUGGGGAGACAGACCAAGAAGUCUUCCUGGGUCCCCCAGAGGCCCAGAGCUUCCUGAGUAGCCAUACCCGGAUUCCAAGAGCCAACCACUGGGACCUGGAGCUGCUCACACCAGGGAACCUGGAACGGGAGUGUCUGGAAGAGAGGUGUUCCUGGGAAGAGGCCAGGGAGUAUUUUGAGGACAACACUCUCACGGAGCGUUUUUGGGAGAGCUACAUCUACAAUGGCAAAGGAGGGCGUGGACGAGUGGAUGUGGCCGGCCUGGCUGUGGGGCUGACAUGUGGCAUCCUGCUCAUUGUCCUGGCCGGCCUGGGAGCCUUUUGGUAUCUGCGCUGGCGACGGCACCGAGGCCAGCAGCCCUGUCCCCAAGAGGCCGGGCUCAUUAGCCCUCUGAGUCCUUUGAACCCUCUGGGCCCACCGACGCCCCUGCUUCCACCCCCACCCCCACCCCCAGGCCUCCCCACCUAUGAGCAGGCGCUGGCAGCCUCUGGGGUACACGACGCACCUCCACCCCCCUACACCAGCCUCAGGAGGCCUCACUGAAGAGCUGCUUUCGAGACCCGGCUCUCCGAACCGUGCCCCUGAUUCAUACCGGAUUCCGGAAGCCCCUAGGCCUCAUAGACGCCGAAGCUGGACUUGGAGUGGGGAAUGGUGGGAGUACGGGUCAUCCGGCCCGAGGCCUGCCCUGGCACACGCGUUUCCGCCGCGUAUGGAUAUACACAUGUUUUCGGCAACGUGUUCCCGUGUCCUGGCCCCUCACGGGCCCCCACACUCUCCUGACCGUGAGGGCACUGGCCAGUUCCGCCCCCGUGGUAGGCAGACGCGCGGGGAAAUUCGGACCCAGGAGCCCAGCCCCGGCUGUGCCAUCUUGUGUAUGGGCAGAUAUGACCUGACAGCCCCCUCCAGUGCCACAGGGUACGCACACACAGAGCCCUGCCUGUGCACACGCGUGUCUUCGUGCACUCCCCGUGCGGUACAGGGGCACUUCGUAACCCAGGGAAAGGGCGGGGGGCAUAUUUGCAAGCGUGCUCGGUGCGGGCAGGCUCGCAUUGCACCCAGGGAGCUGGAGUUGAGCUGUUCCCCUAAAUAAAAACCCUUCGGAAAGGAGACCAAAAAAAGCAGAAAUAAUGCAAAAAAUAAUAAUGAAAUGAACUGCGAUCCCGGGCG